AUGCAGCAGGCGGCGGCGGCGGGCCUUGCAGCGGUGUUGGUGGUGGGCGGCGCCGCGCCCGCGAUGGCAGACUCUCAGGGCAGCGCGCUGCUGGAUGAGCUGCUCGCCAAGCCAUCUGUCAAGGUGCUCAAGAGUUCCCAGAAGGUCCAGGCACCGUCGUACGGCGAGGUCAAGAAGCUUGUGGCAGUCCCUGCACCCCCCAAAAAGGGCGCUCCCGCCAAGGCCGCCGCCAAGAAGCCGGCGCCUAAGCAGGAGGCUCCCAAGCCCAAGUCCAGCAGCUCCUCCACCUUCAAGCUGUCUGGGCCCGGUGAGACGCCCGGGAGCCUGUCGGUGACUCCUAAGAUCGCUCCUGCUCCAAAGUCAGCCCCUGCCAAGGCCGCACCCAAGGCUGACGCACCCAAGCCGGCGGCCAAGGCCAAGCCCGCAGCUGCGCCCAAGGCAGCCGCCCAGAAGAGCAGCUCGGACGGUGACCGCGCCAAGCAGGCCGCAGCUGCUGCUGCCGCGGCAGCAGCCGCAAGCGCCGCCUUCAAGGCUAGCCAAGCAACACCCGCCCCGGUCCCCGCAGCGCCCGCUCCCGCAUCCAAGCCUGCCGUCACCUUUAAGAAGGCGACGCCGACCUUUGUGGCUCCGGCAGCACCAGCGGUGGCAGCCGGUGCCGCAGCUGUGGGCGCGGGUGGUGCUGGCCUGGAGUCUCCCAUUGCGCAGGCUUCUGCUGUAGCUGCGGCGGAGCUGCUGGCAGUGGCAGCGGCCACAAGCACUGUGGGCGCCAUUUUGAGCAACAGCAGUGCCAAGAAGACGGUCAAGGCGUAA